GGAUGGAGGGGCCGCGCACAAUGCUCCCUGUGUGGGGGGGUUACGCGCUGGGUGCGGACGGAGGCGCAGCACUUCAUGGAAUAGGCAAAUUUCCGCGAUGGAGAGAGAGCGAUACAGUUUCCUGUGAUGACACUGCCACGGCUCGGCCGCCCAGGGGGGAAGUAGUGUCCGCAACAGGCGGAGACACGGAGGGAGGGUGGGAGUGAGAGCGCGCGCGCACACACACACACACACACACACACACACACACACACACACACACACACACUCCUGCAUACACACCUUCUCGCACACGUGCGGAACCCCAGUCUAUACCGACAGCCUUGCCUUUGGAGCCGGAGACGCACGCGCGCCAUGGACAACAAGGCGGAUGUGAAGGCCAUCAUGGCUCGUUUCAACGCAGGCGGGAAUUCGAUGGAGGGGCCACCGGCGGGGCGUUCCACGGUGCACAGCACCCUCUCCACAGGGCUGCCAGGCCAGGCCAGAAAGACAGCCCUGGAGAGCAGCCUGUCAGGAGGUACCACUGCCCCCAAGCCAAACUUCCUGAAGGGCACGGUUUCCACCCAGAGUGCUCCAGAGACGCCCGAGUUUCCCCGGCCCAAAGUCCAGAUUGGCAAGCUUGCUGGGGGUCUGGAGGCCGGAAAGACUGGGGCCAUGCCAGAAACUGCAAAGCCCACUUUCCCCAAGACACAGCCCUUCAAGCCCAAGCCAAUGGAGCCCUCAACAGAUACAGAGCCCAAAACACCUCCUCCCAAGCCACCUUCGCAGAAACCACUGCUCAGUGCUACCCUAUCGGACCCUAAACCCAUCAGCCCCAAGCCACCACCUGCACAGGUCAAGCCCUCCUGGGUGAAGGACAGCUCCAAAGUUGAGGACAGUGGAAGCAGCAGCAGCAAUAGCCCAGCUCCUCCCUCCAAGCUGGCUCUUGCCCCCAAACCAAAGAGCACCCUAACAGCCAUGCGGUCCCAGGCAGAUGAGCCGUCAGCAGGGGAGACGGGCCCGAAGAGUUUCACAGGGUCUUCCGCAAAGUCCUCCGCCUUCCGGGCUGCCCAGAAUGCCUUCAACAAGGAGAACACAGAGGAUACAUCUCACGACAGGCCAAAGCCCCUGGGCUCCCAUGAUACCUCAGGCCCAAAGACUCCAAUUGCCAAAAAGCCCAGCCUCAUAAAAAAGCCUGUGACCCUCGCCUCACAGAAGGAAAACAAGGACCCCUUUGCCCCAAAGAAGAACCCUCUGCCCAACAUCCUUGUUUUGGGCAGUCCCCCAGUCAAGCCGAACAGACCCCCGAAGGUCAACCUGGAAAAGUUCAAGACAGCUGCAGAGCAGAGCAACAGUGAAGGUCCUGGAGGUUUGAAGAAGGCAGAUCGACCCCCUCCUCCAACCUUCCAUCCCAGCAACAACGCAGCGCCUCCAAUCCCUUCGCAACUGGUGGCUCCCAGCCUCCCUCCCCGACCGACUGGUGGCAUAAUACAGCCAGACCCAGACGAAAACUACGACGACGUCGGGGUUAUGAACAACCCUCCCCCGCUACCUGCUGGAGGACAUCCCAGUCAGAAGCAAAAGGACAGCGGGAGCGAUGAAGAGAUGUACGAAGAUUUGGAUGACAGAUGGUCCUCCACAGAUGCAAAGGAGCAGGAGAAGAAAGAGAAGGGAGAUAAAAGGAAACAGGAGCAAGAGAAAAAGGAGCAGAAAGAUAAAGACAGGAAGGAACAGGAAAUCAGGAAAAAGUUCAAGAUAACAGGACCCAUACAGGUGAUCCACAAAGUGAAGGCAAGGGUGGACUGCAGAGGAAGCAAGAUGGACCUGACCGUGAAGCAAGGGGAGCCCAUCGAAAUCAUCCGCAUCAUGGACAACCCUGAAGGCCGCUGGCUGGGCAGGACACGAGAUGGCUCCUAUGGUUACGUCAAGACGGACACAGUGGAUAUUGACUUUGACACACUGAAGCGUAAGAGCGGCACACUCACAAACCAGGCCAACUUUGAGCCAGAAGUGUACGAUGAUGUGGCCCCUCUGGAGGACUCUGGCAGUGGCGUUAGAGGUCCUGGAGUGGUUCUGCCACCUCCACCUGAUGAAGAUGGUGACAUCUACGAUGAGCUGGAUGAUUCAGAUCUAAAUGUCAGCGAACAAGAGCCCAAGCCUUCUCCCAAACCAAGGAACUUCUUGCGCAUGUUGAAGGGCUGGGAUGACUGGAGAAGAAACAGCCCCGCCAAUAACCAAGUUCCUCCUCCUCCCCAGUUCACCCCCGACAUAAACGCAGAUAAUCACACAGCCACCAAUGACGAGGACGUGUAUGACGAUGUUGACUCUCAGCCGAGCUACCCUUCCUCUAACGCCCUCUCUAGCCUCCCUAUGACGCUCAAAGGCAAGCUAGAUGAAAAGGACCCCAAAAAACAGAAGAAGUUUGAGAAGGAAGAGAAGGAAUUUAGGAAGAAGUUCAAGUUUGAUGGUGAGAUCCAGGUGCUUUACCAGGUAAAAGUCCUCCCAUCACUCUCCAUUAAGAAAUGGGUGGGUAAGGAUCUGCCACUCAGGCCUGGUGAGACACUGGACGUCAUUGUGAAGCCUGUGGACAACAAGCUGGUCUGCAGGAACGAGGAAGGGAAAUUUGGCUAUGUUUCAACAAGCAGCAUUUUGGCAGAGGAUUCUGAAAUCUAUGAUGACGUCGGAGAUGGUGAUUGCAUCUACGACAACGACUGAACAACAGAAGCACCCAUGUCUUCUACUUUAAAUUUUGUUUUUUUUUUUAUAAUAACAGAUAAACAUGACUGUCUUUGUUUUAAUGAUGGGGUAGUAGGGGACUGUACACUGAGCAGUACUAGCAAUCCUUCAUACCAUUACCCUUGUCGCCAAUAUUUCACCUGCCAGUGGCAGUGUAUGAUAACAGAAAAAGUUAGAGUAAUAUAUCCUCACAUUAUACAAUUUUGUGCCAUAUCCACAACCCUAAUGGAAAACUUUCUUUUGAGAGGAUUCUGUUCACCACACAGUCACUUCAUUGUUACAGCCACACUUCUUAUCCUUGAGAGAUUCCAUGGAUGCUAUGAGUGAAAAAGAGGUUCGUUUGUCAGAAAAAGAAGGUAUAACUUUGCCUCAUCUUCAGAAGGGCCUCCAAUCAGCGAAGCCAUGUGUGCACUUGCAAACAUUUAUACAGCAUACCAAAGCCUUAAGGUUCAGCAUAGGGUAUAAUUACUAUACAAUGGUAUUAUGUGGAGUACAGAUUAGACCUUUCAGUGCUUUUCCUCACCCUUGACAAUAUGCAGGUUUUGUCAGAUACAACUUUACAUUGAAAAUUCUCACCAAAUACAGAAAGCAAUUUAGCCAUGGGAUAUUCAAGUGGAAUCAGUUGGCUCAGGUUUUGAUAUACAUGCCCUUGUGUGUUAUGGGAUAAACCAGUCUGAAUCUGAAACACUCCCUACAGGUGUAAUGACAAGGACAUGUUUUUUUUUUUUUUUUUUUUUUUUGCUGUUGUUUUCAGACUGGCAGACUGCACAGCAAACAACAUUUGCACUUGAACAGUAAAAACCGAGCACAGUAGAUCACUUCAUUCCUGGUCAAUCAGUAUACUGUUAGCUGGUAGUGAUUGUGAGAGCUAACCCAAUAUUCAUCUACUUUAGUGGAAGAGCAGUAUUCUAACCCAGUUGUUUGUUUUUACCAUAUCAAUUUUUUUUUUUUUUUUGUCUUUUACAGAUAAUUUUUGGAAUAAAUAUAGCUAUUG